ACAAGAAAAGUCGGUUGGUUCAGCAGACGUUGUUAUGAGGUAUUCGGUCAUCUUGUGUCAGGAUUGCUUGGGAAUAGAACUUCUAGAAUUUAAUAACCCUUGACCUGUCAAAGCUUUUCCUUGUUCCUUUGUUUCACAAUUUUUGCUUAAUUUAUUUUUAUGGCGCUUAGUUCAUCUGAAAGCAGUCUAUCAGCUGAACAUCAAGAACUGAUACAUCAAAUUCAAGUUAAUCAUGAUGAAGCCUAUUUGUACAUUUCUCAGGGACUAUCAUAUCAAGAGCAAGAUCAGCUUGAUCUCGCUCGUGAUAUGUACACAAAAGGUCUCGAAAAAAUUGACAAAGCUCUGAGUGUGAGAUGUGAUCAUGAAUUCUGCACUGGUCCCAAAUGGGAGCAUGCUCGGAAAUUGCAGGAAAAGAUGGAAAGAACCUUACGGAUGGUACGGAGUCAGCUUCGAGGCAUACCACCAAGCAGCCCAGCCUCUCCUCCUUAUACACCUCCUGAACCAUUUGAACUGCCCCCUAGCUAUGAUGAGGCAUGUGAACAUGAAGUAGUAACCUCACAAAGGCGAUCUUCAUGUCCUGGAAGUUCUGAGUUGAAUGGGAAUGCUGCUUCUAAUGGGCGUAGAAUGAGUUCUGAAGUUAUUGAUUUAUUUUGUAUACCUGGAGAUGUUCAGAUUUUUUUUGUUUCAUUUGAUGGAUCUGUGAGUGCUCCUCACUCACCAUCUUCAUUGCAUGUUUACCAGUUUGUUGAUCAGAAAAGUCCAAUUGAUAUUAGGCCUCCAGCUUGGCUGCAGGUUGGAAGUUGGACAUAUCCAUUAGUACCUGGACAAUCACCUGCUUUAGAGAGUGGUUAUGGUGCCUUUCUUUUUCCAAAUGUUGGAGUGGGUAGAGAUUCUGCAGUUGGUGUGAUAUUGCCUUCAUCUGUUACCCCAGAACAAAGAACUCAGUUUUUAGAAAUAUUAAAUCAACUCACAGCUUUAAAAGGAGAGAAAUGGAGUGAAACAACUAUACCAAGGGCUGCAUCCCCAAGGCCACAAGAUGCAGAUAAAAGAAGGUUUAGUGAUACAAUUUCUAAAGGUCUAGUUACAGGUGCCGAGUAUCUGUCAGCUGGUAUUAUAAAGGGAGCACAAGUUAGUAGUGAUUUAAUUCACAAAGGGGCUACCAAAGCUCGUCAAAAGAUACAACCCGAACUUACACCUGUUACUAUUGAUCCUCGCGUUAAAGAAGGACUGAAAAUUGCCCAUGAAGCUUCGGGAGUAGCCCUAAGAGCCACAGGAUAUUUAGUGAAGAAAUUGGGAGAUUUGACUUUUGCUCUUGGUGCACAACUUGCCCCACACAUCCGUGAACAAGGAACGAAAUUUCUUACUUCAACAUUUAAAAGUGAUCCUAAAGAAGCAAAAGAUACAGUAGAUGGUGUACUUACUGUAGCAGCUGGCGGUGUACAAAGUUUUUCAACUAUUUACUCAGGACUGGAAAAUGCAGCAAGAAUACUGGCUAAAAGUCUUAGUACUGAAACUGUGAACAUUGUAGGACACAAGUAUGGUAAUGAAGCUGGUGAAGUUGUAGGUAAUGCUGUGUACUCAAUUGGAAAUCUUGCUCUCACAACUCAUAAUGUUCAAUCUCUUGGAGUCAAAGCAGUUGCAAAGCGCACAGCAAAAGAUGCUGGAAAAGCAGUUCUCAAAGAUUAUGCCGAGAAUGUUAAAAAGUAAAAUCAUCUACAUUGGCAGUUACAAAACUAACAAUGGAAAUUAUUCAGUACUGGUGUUUUUUAUUGUUAUGUGUAUUUUCUCCUACUGGUUUACACAACUAUUAUGUUUUGUUUUUUUUUAGUUGUGUAGAAUAAGCAUUUUUUUGUUCUAACUUUUUUAAUGUAACAAUUUAGUUUUAGUGUGAAAAAAAACACAACUAAUAUUGAAUUACAAAUUUUAUCUUGGUUUGAGAUAAGAGUAGUUCACAUUUUUGACAAUUCAUGUUACAAAUAGUAAAACUUGUCAUUUUUUUAAUGAAGUAUGCUUUUACACCAGUUUAACUGAAUUAAUGUAAGUGCAAUUAUUCUACAUGUAUGUGCAACUUUUGAAUAUUUUUCAUGCAGUGAAAAAAUGCUUGUACUAUUGGCAGUUUAAAAAAGUAGUUUAUUAGUACAAUGUUCUGUUUAAUAAAGAUUUUAUAAUUAAUGAAAAUACAAGGACAUUUUAUAAAAGAUCUGAUUUCAAAAAUAAAAUUAUCUUGCUUUUAUAUUGCUAAAAGUAAAUUUUAAAAUAUAUUUUUUUAGCAGCAUAAAAAAAUAUUAUUGGACAUGUCAAUUGCUUUCAAUGUUAUGUAAUUAUUCAAUCCAGUGAUUUUUUUCUUAUAUGAAAUUAUAUCUGAAUUAGUUCUGCUGUCAUUUUAAAUGUGAAUAAUGAACUAUGAAGAAAGAGAUAUAUAUUUUCAUAAAUAAAAAGUACCUAUUUUUAGAGCUACAUACUGCUAAUUUAUUAUAUACUGAAAUGCUUUAAAGCCAAAUGUGUUUUGAAAUUCAAACUAAAUCACAUUUUUACAUUUCACAAAUGGCUAUUUCUUGUUAUUUGUAUAUUAAUUUGCUGAAAUAAUUUACAGGCAUAUAUUGUAUAUUUUAUGGUUAGUGGUGAUUUUCUUUUGACAAGGCAUGUUUAUUCAAACAGUUAUGGGUAGCUUUAAAUAUAUUAUAUAAGUGGAGAAUAUUUAUCCUUUCUUUUAUAUAUUUGAAAAAUAAUCUGCACUUGAGGGAUGUAUAUUGUCAAAAUGAAAUGCUUAAUUUUAUAAAUCACAGCUAACUGUGAAAUCAACUGUAUAAAUAAUUAAUCUAGACUACUUAAAUAACAAGAGUGACCUCUUUUUGCAAUAUAAAAUUUUUAUGUAAUAAAUUCAAAAUUCACAAUGAAAAUCUUUUGCAUAUUAACUAGCAAUAAUACUAUAUAUUAUAGCUCAAUAUUUUUCUAUUUGAGAUUAUUGCUGCUAUUUUAAAAGUGUACAAAUUUUGGUGCAGCUUAAGCCAGAGCUAUAUUAAAACAUGUAUGUUAUUAUUUGUUAAAUUUUCAUAUAGUUUAUUCAUUUUUGGUUGCAAUAAUUUUUAUGACUGUCAGAUUGCACUUCUGUGUAAGCAUGAUGUUUUAUUUA